AUGGCCGCCUCGACGCGAGCAAUCACGCCGACGCCUACCGGCCCAUUCACCACCCACAAUGGGCCCAACACCCCAGGAUCCGCCGCGCGCAACUCCCACAGCGGAGCCACUUUUGGAACUCAUCUCACAAAAUCCCCCGGCGGUCUAUCGCCGCGACUUUCGCCUCAGCCGCUCACUGGAGCCGCUGCCAUGGCCGAUGAGCGCCGCUUCCGCGAACAGUCUGCGCGCCAGACAAGCCCCAAUCCCGCUGUCGCCGCGCUGCAAAGUCUGAACGGCAGCGUCCAGCCUAUGAGCCACCCUGCAGACGGACCGCAGCAGUCCGCGUCGGCACACUCCAAGGCUGACAAGAUGACGAAGCCGCUCAUCACCAUCCCCGACCAGAUCAACGUCACAGGCGACAACAUGCAGACGAGCCCAGUCAGCCUCUCGAGUUUUGGCGAUGGUGACGCGCCAAACGCGCCGGGUGCUCCUGUGACCGAAGGUGCUUCCGCCAGUAAUGCAGGUCGGGAAGGCGCGUCCCAGCAGCAACCGCAACAACAGCAUCACCACCAGCAUCACCACCAGCUCAUCGCCCCAAAUCCUGGAGACAAUCCGGGCAACCGCGCAUUCACGUUCCCCGGGCCAUUGCCCCCGGAGCCGGACCCACGCGCCCCAGCUCGCCAAAUGAGUCUGCCUGGAUAUGGUCAAAACACGCCCAAAUCACCUUCCACAAAGCGUCACAAGUGCCCAUACUGCUCCACUGACUUCACUCGCCACCACAAUCUCAAAAGCCAUCUGCUAACCCACAGUCAAGAAAAACCAUAUGAAUGCCCCACCUGUCAGGCGCGUUUCCGUCGUUUGCAUGAUUUGAAACGCCACACGAAACUGCAUACUGGCGAGCGGCCACACACGUGCUACAAGUGUGGCCGCAGGUUUGCACGUGGCGAUGCGCUUGCGCGACACAAUAAGGGUCAGGGUGGCUGUGCGGGCCGUCGCUCUAGCUUCGGCAUCGAUGACGAUCUCGGCGACAAGGGCGACGAAGGCAUGGAUGGUGUCAUCUACACGGGCGAGCCUGAUGGAGAGGGAGACGAGGAUGAUGAUGGCAGGCGCGUUAGCGAGCCGGCGCGCAAGAGACAAAACACUGGGAACUCUACCCAAGGUUCGUAUUCUCACCAUUCCAGCACUUAUCCGCCUAUUGCUGCGAACCGAAGCUCGAGUAGCCAGAACAACUUGCGCCCCUAUUACCCAGGGUCUUCUGCGCAGCCGACUAACGUCUCGCCUAAAGCAGCUCCUACCAGCAUCUCGUCGAUUCAGAACGCAAACACCCAAUCCAAUGUCUUCGCCCAGGGUGGUAUGACCGAAAGCCCAAGGCCACUGUCGCCAGGCCAGCAGGAGCAGCAUCGUCUGGGUGCUCCCGAAAACAGUGUCCCUGGCUCACGGUCCCCUAGCUUGUCGCAUCACAUGCACCAGCAGCAGAACUAUGCUCGUGGGAGGGGAACCCCUCCCGUUGGCCUGGCCCCGCCCAGCACGAGCAACGGUCCUCAUCUGCCCUCUCUACCAGGCCUUAGCCCCAUGCCCCCUAAACAGGGCUCUCAAGGCGGCAAAAGCAACGGCCCAAGCAUGCUCCAACAUCAGACCAUGGCAGCCCCUGGAAGCAGCUCGCAGCCGGGCAGCAUGUCCAGCCAUGGCGGAAGCGGAAGCAGCAUGCGCGAAGUCAUGGGCAACCAGGUCGAUGUAUGGCAAUAUGUCCGCGAGAUAGAAGCUCGUAUGGCGAGAAUGGAGAAGGAACACAACGACAAGAUUGCCACGCUGCAGCAUGAGAUCACAACGCUCCGGGCCCAAUUGGCCCAGCAGCAUGUUAACAAUACGCAAGCCCACCAGCAAGGUCAAUAG